UUGGCUUUUUUUUCGCUGCUUCUGCAGUGGAAGUUUGGAUGUGCAGUUGUAGAAAACAGUAGAUGAUCUUUUAUUCGUGCUGUUGGAGUGUCUUCAUGUCUGUUUCUCUGGUUUUGUCAGGAUUUGAACACAGGAUGUGCCCAGACGUGGAGCAACGGUAAGAAAGAAGAGGAUGAAGGAGUAGGAGAUGAUGAGGAUGAAGAGGAGGAGGAGGAUGAAGAGGAGGAGGGGGAGGAAGAGGAGGAGGAUGCUACCGCUAACAUGGAAGCAGAAGAGGAGGGAGGUGACUCCUCAGCUCAGAUGGAGACUCCAGCAGAACAGGAGGUGAAAUCCAAAGAACCGAAGGAAGAAUCUGUGGCCGACGAAGAGCAGGAAGCUGACCACCACCACCACCACCACCACCACCAAGAAGAGACGGACGCAGACGGAGACGGGCGGAGCCAACGGCCCGACGGAACCACCAACAAAAAGUUGUCUCUCUUCAGACGUCUGUCCUUCUCCAGGUCCAAACAGUCCAACCACAGGGACCAGGACCUGGCGGAGGGGGGGGGGUCCGUCCACAGGGAGCCCCCCGGUUACCCCGGUAACGGCGAGCCCAACCAGACAAACAGAACGGGGUCUGGAGAGCGGACGUCCCGCUCCAACGCCUGCCUGGUCCUGUGAAGAAACGCAACUGAGACCAAAGACACCACGGCUGGACCUGGAAAGGCUUCAGUUCUUUGACAUAAAUGCAGACGGCGCUAAAGACAAAACCACAACACAUCACCAGCGUCUUUUUUUCCGCUCAUCGAGUCCAAAGCAGCAGAUUUUUCCCUGAAACAGGGAUGUUUUUUUAAAUUAUUGUUAGUUUUUCAAAUGAACUUGUUGUCGUUGUUGUUUCCUCCUCCAGGCCUUGAGCCUCAUUGUUUGUUUGUUUGUAAAUAAUCUUAUUUAUUUGCUUCUUCUUCUGCUCAUGGAGCACAUUUUGCAUUUUGGAUGUUCUGUUUUGAUACCGAUGAUA